GUCUCUUCGCGACAGUCAGUGUGUCUGCCCGUCUAGAACGGAUCGAGUGCUCGUCGAGUAAUAAAACAAAACAUCGCAGGUCGCCUUGCCGGUACAAGGUUGAAUCUGCGUGGUCACGGUGCGCGCUGUAUAGAGAAAACACCGCAACACCGGAUCCAGCAGUUGCAUUAACAGCAGUUUCGGAAGCUGCAGUGACGAAAACGUACCUUCAUCUGAGUGACGCAAAGUCUACCGGAUGUUCAAUCUCACGCUUUUUGUGCAUUCAGUGAAUGUGUAAUAACAGAAGAGAGAGAGAGCGAGAGCGAGAGAGGGACGCCGAAUUGAAUCAACAAAUCGAAUAACAAAGCAAACAAAAAAGAACAGUGGUCACGCGUAGCGCGAGUGAGUGAGUAAAACAUGGCACCGGCCUUGAGUGGGGUCGCGACGGCAGUUUUUGUGGUGGCCGUUACCGGUGUGACGCUGGUCGUUCACAGGCGAUCCAACGAGGAUCGAGCCGCCGACCGGUAUCGGACAUACGAAGAUUAUACCAAGUUCAAUCGGUUCGCCGGCGGGGGUGAAGGCGGUGCGGCGGAUAAUUUGAUUGUUGACGUCGACGAGUACAACAAGAACGGUGCUCCGAUCUACAGCUAUCAGCACUGGUCCCGAUUGGAUGUGGAUUAUGAAGACGAGGAGGAGUACAGUUGGCGAAGUCCGGCGUUCCAAAAUUCCAGCUAUGUACCGACGUACAAUCGGUCGUCAGCUGGUGAGUGGUUCCGGAUUGAGGACGGCGAAGGAAGCGGGAUGGACCAGGAGAAGCGGGACAGGGUUAAGCAGAUGAUGAUCCACGCCUGGGACAACUACAAACUGUACGCGUGGGGCAAAAACGAGCUGAAACCGCUCUCGAAGCGGGGCCAUUCGGGCAGCAUAUUUGGGGUGUUCGAUCUCGGUGCCACCAUCGUCGAUGGGCUGGAUACCCUCUACCUGAUGGGUCUGCACAAGGAGUACGACGAGGGACGCGAUUGGGUCGAACGGAAGUUCACGUUGGAGAACGUGGGCAGUGAUCUGUCGGUGUUCGAGACCAACAUUCGGUUCAUCGGUGGAUUUCUGACGUGCUACGCCUUUACCGGCGACCGGCUGUUCCUGGAGAAGGCCAAGUAUGUGGCGGACAAGCUCCUGCCGGCGUUCCAGACGCCGACCGGUAUUCCUUACGCGCUGGUUAAUCCGACGAACGGGAUCAGCAAAAACUACGGCUGGGCCAGUGGAGGCAGCAGUAUCCUGUCCGAGUUCGGUACCCUCCAUCUGGAGUUCUCCUACCUGAGCGACAUCACCGGUGACUCCGUGUACCGCGAGCGAGUCCAAGCGAUCCGGACCGUGCUGAAGGAAAUCGAAAAACCGAAAGGUCUCUAUCCGAACUACCUGAACCCCAAGACGGGCAAGUGGGGCCAGCAGCACAUGUCCCUCGGAGCGCUGGGCGACAGCUUCUACGAGUAUCUGCUGAAGGCGUGGAUCCAGUCGGGCCACGAGGACGACGAAGCCCGGGAGAUGUACGACGACGCGAUGCAGGCCAUCAUCCAGAACAUGAUCCGGACCAGUCCCGGCGGGUUGACGUACGUGUCGGAUUUGAAGUUCGAACGGCUGGAGCACAAGAUGGACCAUUUGGCGUGCUUUGCGGGUGGACUGUUUGGUCUCGGAGGUACCACGCUGAACAAUCAGUACUCGGAACGGUACAUGGAAAUCGGAGAGGGUCUAACGAGUACCUGUCACGAGAGCUACGUUCGUACGUACACUCGUCUGGGGCCGGAAGCGUUCCGCUUCAACGAUGGUGUCGAAGCGAAGGCGCUCAAAUCGCAGGAGAAGUAUUACAUUUUACGACCGGAGACGUUCGAGAGCUACUUUGUCAUGUGGAGACUGACGCACGAUCAAAAGUAUCGUGACUGGGCAUGGGAUGCCGUGCAGGCACUGGAAAAACACUGCCGAACCCCGAACGGGUACAGCGGUCUUAAGAACGUCUACCUGACUGACCCGCAGAAGGAUGACGUGCAGCAGAGUUUCUUCCUGGCGGAGACGCUUAAGUACCUUUAUCUAAUCUUCUCGGACGAUUCGCUAGUCCGGUUAGAGGACUGGGUCUUCAACACCGAAGCACAUCCACUUCCGGUGCGGGGACGUAAUUUGCUCUACCGUGCGGCAGCUACCUCCAAUGCUCCAUGAACAACCAGCAUCAAACACCACAGGUCGGCACGUGGAGAUUUACCAUUCCCACGAUGGUAGAGGACAAACCCUCCACUCAACCACUACCACACCACUAACACACGGACAGAGGUUGGCGAGGUUAUGUCAACAUCCACUUUCCCCGUCGCCCCCAAUCUCCGAACCAACUCCCGGAGACAGGGACUCACUAAGCAGGGGAAAGUAGUUUAGUCGUGUUCAUUUUCGUUGUUGUGCACGUGUGUAUGCGAGAAGGAGCGGUGGAUGAGCAUGUGCGUGUGUAAAUUUUAGUGAAAAAGUCUCUUCCUCGAUUGUUCGGAGGAAGCAAUUCCUUACUUUAAUAUGAAGAAGAAGAAGAAGAAAACUAGCCAGUCGAUUUGUGCGCGAGAUAUGGAUUAGAUAACCGAGUCAUUGUAGGCGUGUAUAUUGAUAAAAAUGUAGGCAGUAAGAAGAGAGAGAGAGAGAAUGAGGGUAGGUUAAAACAGGAUUAACAAAAACGCGCGCGCUAGCGAGAUAGAGAAAGAGUGAUUCUUAACUUAAUUCUUGAAUGAUUGUAGUUAAUUAUAUAGGGAAAGAUAUAUAUAUGAAAAGAAUUUGUGAUGAAACAAAGGAAACUUAUCGAUGACGACAAUUGUUCUAACUAGAAUGUGUUGAUAUUAGUGAACAUAAAAAAAAAUCUGCAAAUAAUCGGAGAAGAACGUUACAACUGAGGAAAAUAUAAGAACCAAAUCAGCUCUGAUACCAAUAUAGUUCAAUCUGUUUCUCUUGGAUCUUCCAUACCUACAUAAAUUAACCUACUCAAAUUAGUUUUUUUUUUCUGAACCUACGCAUCAAACUUGUUUAGAAGUGAGGAAUAAAAGUUGAUACAUUUUUAGACGCACUUUGUAAACUGAAAGCCCACCAAAAGCAAAUGUCCCAUCAUUAGUAGUAGAAAUUUAGUUUGAGGACGUUCCGAGGAACCGUUCAAGACUAGAAUCAAGAAAAUCAGUAGCCAACGCUUUAAACGGAUGAGACUCAAUCAAAAUCAGCUGCCGGUUUGAAGAUGCUGCGAAAUGCAACCACAAGCUUUCUGCUACAUCGUUGUUAAACAGGGGUGGUCUGUUUUUUCGAGAAACCCUCACACGACGUAUUUGCACAUAAAACUAUGACAGUCUGAUUAUCUUUAUAGCGACAAAUGUCUCUAUAACAACCUUUCUAUUGGUCCCUUGAUAUUCCUAAUCAAAAUCCUAUCUACAGUGCUGUUCGAUGUCAUAGCAGCGCAUGCCGAUUUUCUUACAAAAUUUACAACUUUGACAUGUUGUAACUUUGUUCUUUUACGAUCAAUUGAGCUGAAAUGUCACCACAGACUACCGCUCAAUGCUACAUAUUGCCAAUAUUUACGAUUAUUGUCAAUUAAAACAAUCAUGUAGGGUCCACUUAAUUGCUUCCACCAUUUUGUGCAGCAAGACAGUUGAGCUGAUCGAAGCUACGAGGCAUCACUACAAUUUGGAAAAGAAGCCUGGAACGAGAAUUUUCGACUGAUGCAGCACGUAAAAGGAAGAAGUGAGCACAUUUUCCAGGAAGACUAUUCCUGAAAGCCACAUAUAGCUGCACCAUAGCUCACAUAAUUUUGCCACUUUUAGGCAAACUGACAG